GAAUUGUCAGCUCUGUAAGUUACACGGUCCCGAACAAUCGAAGGUCGAAACUAUAUCCGCGAAACUAUACCAGCCGCGUUGGCUGGAGAUAAAGACGUUAAGAAAGGCGCUAUUAGGUUGUGCGAUUGUUAAAUCAACCGAACGUUCAGCGCGAAUAAACUCGAUUAAAAGUUAUGAUGCCUUAGAGUUUUGGGUUGCGCGCGAUAACUUCAGGUUGAUCGUUGAAAACAAUCGAUGAACGUUGAUAUGAGAGGAGUAUAUCAGACAGCUCAGCACGCGUUAGAAUUAAUUUGCUUAAUAAUACUGGCACUGCGACUGUUUACAAAUUGGCGAAAAAAAUUCGAACAUAGACUCAUAAAUUGGGCCGUCGUAACCAUCGAACGGUAUUUGAAUGCGACAACGCUUUCAAGCUAUUGUAAACUUCCGGCCAAACUCUGGUUUCGAAAUGUAUGACAACUGGAACGCGUUUCUCGAGACUUACGCUUACUGUUCGUAAAAUGCUUUUUGCGCUUGUUGUUGUGACUACGGAGUACCUCAUUAGAAUGACCUGGUUAUCGGUCUGUGCGUGAUAUGGUGAUUGUGAAGAUCGGCGAAGCUACCAUUUAAAGAAAGUAUCCGGUGCCGUGAGCAGCCACUAUGGCCGAUCACCGUUUGCUCAAGAUGGGUUCACUUCAUCAGGGUACGUAUUCUGUAGAACAGUUCCGAUCAAACAGGCAAGUUGCUGACGUACAGUCGUCGUUACACGCAGUGACCGAUUUUACCCAGCUUGGCCUCAAUACGAAUUUGUAUCGCGCCAUCUGCAGAAUGGGUUUUGCGAAGCCGUCUCGAAUUCAGGAGGCUGCCCUACCUCUACUCUUUGAGGAUCCGCCAGUGAAUAUGAUGGCGCAAGCGCAAUCAGGUACGGGAAAGACAGCGGCGUUCCUGCUCGCUGCCUUGACCCGGGUUCGGCCAGAGGAUCGGUGGCCACAGAUUCUCGUGAUACUGCCCACGCUUGAACUGGCAGAACAAAUUGCUCAGGCAUGUAAACGCAUGCUUAUUCAUACGCCCCACGUGCUAAUCCGGCAUGCUGUCCGUGGCCAAGUUUUGAGCCGAGAAGAGAAAGUUACUGAGCAUGUUGUAAUCGGCACGCCUGGUAAACUGCUCGACUGGACCCUACGAUACCGACUGUUCGAUAUGAAGAAGAUUCGUGUGUUUAUUCUGGACGAAGCGGACAUCAUGUUAGCCGAGAGUGGUCAUUACGGAAGCGUGAUCAACAUACAUCGACAGUUAAAUCUCACGGGAGGAUGCCAAAUGCUUUUGUUUUCGGCGACGUUUUCCGACGAAGUAAUGGAGCUUGCAGAUGCCAUUAUUGGUACGCCAUUCGUCAAGCUCACCUUGCGACACGACCAGCUCGCACUGUCGAAUAUACGCCAUUUCUACAUGGAAACCCGAAGUGACGAAGAGAAGCUCGAGGCAAUUUCUAACCUGUAUCAGUGCCUCAGCAUUGGCCAAUGCGUGGUGUUCUGUCGAUCACGCAGCAUAGCGAACUGUAUAACAGAAACAAUGGUGCAGCUAGGCCAGAAUGUGGCACAGUUGCACGGCGAUCUGGAAACCGCGCAAAGAUUGGCGGCAAUCGACGGCUUUCGGCGCGGCCACCAAAAAGUCAUGGUGACAACCAACGUCUGCUCCAGGGGAAUUGACAUUAUUCAGGUUUCUCUGGUCAUCAAUUUUGAUUUGCCCCUAUUCCGUGAUAAAAACAUCGAUCUAGAGACGUACUAUCAUCGAGUUGGCCGAUCGGGCCGGUUCGGAAGACCGGGAACAGCUGUUAACUUAAUUCAUCCGGAACGAGACUACGAACUUGAAGCCGUUGACCAAAUCCAGCAGGUAUUUAAGAUUGAUAUGACAAAGGUUGACUUUCACAACGACGAUGAGGUUAUGGGGCUCAUGGAGCACACCGAAGGGGUCCCAGGAGAUGCUGGCGCUUAAAAACAGUCCUGGCAGGGAAGUGAGAUGAUUAAUACCGAUAUGUUACAUAAUAUAUUUCUAUAUCAGAUUUCAGCUGUCGUAAGUGCUGCUUUAAGCGAAGGCGACAUGGGAGAUUAAUCAAGAUGCGUUUAUUCGUAAUGGUCUUGGAAAUAGACAUAUGAAUUCUGCUGUUCCAUAAUAAAUUCAUACACGUUAAUUUAUCGUGUGUUUUUACAUUAUACUAUUUGUCGUCUUUAGUUACGAAAAUUUGUUUUAAUUUCAGUGUUUUUACAUUAUGCUAUCUGUCGUGUUUAGUUAUGAAAAUUUGCUCUAAUUUCACGAGGAUUGUUACAAGUACUCUUUUUUUUUAAAUAAGACUUUUGCCUUGACCUUUUCUGAUUUGAUGAAUAGUCUCUGUUUAACUACGCUUUUCCUGAACCUGUGAAGCCCAGAAAUUUAGAUAAGUGGCCCUGUUUGUCCACUGUGGCAGCCAUGAUCCCGCAGACGUUGCGUUUAGCACAUGAUUUGAAGCACAUGAAAAGUUAAUCGAAUCCCAGCUCGAAGAGAUGGCAUUCGUCCAGUGAAUCAGAAAUGGAUGGUGGUAAUUCGCUUGUGAGAUUAGACUAGCUGGAAUCUUAAGGUUUUGUGUGCAACGAGCAAAUCCAAUAUUUCUACGGUAAGCGUCAAUACGUACAGUCUUCUGCUUGGGUUCCAAAUAAUCAUUUCGGGUUUUUCGGAAACGAAUGAGAGGAACGUAAACUGUAGGUUGCUAACAACCAAGGAAGUUUGUAAUCUCAAUCGUAACUCAUCCGACGUGUACACAUUGAAAAAUAGCUAAUUUUCUGUUCAUAAUUCGAACACGGACUUACAGCCUCCUCCAUAAGAUUUAACUUAAGAAAAUUGACCUUUAAAUAUGGAAGGUAGAGGACAAAAUACUCGCCUUUCAUUACCUCUUCUUUGAUAAUUUGAUUAAUUUGAUACAGAUAAGAAGUACAUAGAGCGACUCAAAUUGGCGACAGGUUUCGUAAAGCGUGUCGAGUGGAUGUUGAUCGCUACGACAUAGACAUCAUAGACUUUUUUUUUUUUUUUAUAAACGUCUAUAACAAAAUUCCAUGAGAAAAAUAUCUCCUCAAAUAUAUGUUUGGUUUAACAAGGAUAUUCCGUAAACAUAUGCAUUCUAAUUCACUAGAUCUCACUAUUAGAAAAAAAGAAAGAAAGAAUUCUAUUUGAUUUAAAUACACGGUCACCUUACUACAAAACUCAAACGCAGAUUGCCAUUUUUUGGAUGAGUUUUACCAGUAGAUAUACACUCCAUUUGGUUUCGCGUUCAUGUAUGAGUUAAAUUUGAGAUUACGUCAGCAAUGCGUCUAUCGAACAAGACAAAAUAGUUGCCUCCAGUUCGAUUCUUCAGCUACACUUGCCGAGUUAGCUACUUGUAUCCUUUCGCAACCGUCAGAGCGCCUUCCAGAUAGUCUGUUACCGUAGUCUAAUUAGGGAGGCAUGUGCACAACGGCGCCAUGUUUCAUUCAACCAGAACUUCUCUUUCUCAUUUGCUCAGCCCGGUUUCACUAGCGGUGGACUCCUUAACGCAAUACGUACGUGCCGCUACUCACUUUUGCUAUCUAACUGUAUCAGCCGUUGCGUCACGGUCGCCCUUUUUUCGUUGUUUAUGGCCAGCUAAUAUCAUUUACCAUCUUCUUAUUCCAGGUCAUGUUUGUCGCCGAGGCUUAGCUAAGUCCCCUGGCUGUUGUAGUCGACACCACGCCAAGAACAACGGUUGCCGCAAUGUCAUAUUCUCGCUAAUUUCUUUCUUUGAGUAGUCUCCUGUGUGUCCAUUGAUUGCUUCCAAAGUCCGUCUAAAUCUUUGUUUAAUACAUAGGUAUAAACUGUUCGUAUAACUGUUAUGUUGCGAAAUGGUAGCCUCUAAAUAGGUCAUUGUCUGCAAACUCUCAUUUUUAUCCGAUCAUCGUUACGGUUUUUCCGAUAACUUUUUGUUGGCAGCGUUUGGCUUCUUUCUACCUACUCUACUUCUGGGAUUUGUUAAUCAAGUCGCGCGCUUAUGCCGUAUAUACAAUACGACGUAGAAGUAACUGAGCUCAAUCUUUCGGCGUCUGCUGGCCUCUGCGAGUGCUAAAUGAAGAAAUUCUACCAGUGAACGUUCUAUCACACUGUCCUCGCUCAAUCUGGUUUUUCUCGGGAUGUCGCUUCUG